GGGCGCGGGGAGCACCAUGCCCAAGUUUUACUGCGAUUACUGCGACACCUACCUCACCCACGACUCGCCCUCCGUGAGGAAAACCCACUGCAGCGGCAGGAAGCACAAGGAGAACGUGAAGGACUACUACCAGAAAUGGAUGGAGGAGCAAGCUCAGAGCCUCAUUGACAAGACAACGGCUGCAUUUCAGCAAGGGAAAAUCCCCCCAUCUCCGUUCUCGGCACCGCCUCCCGGGGGAGCCAUGAUACCGCCCCCUCCCAGCCUCCCUGGCCCGCCACGACCUGGGAUGAUGCCAGCCCCUCACAUGGGUGGACCUCCAAUGAUGCCAAUGAUGGGUCCUCCCCCGCCAGGAAUGAUGCCAGUGGGGCCGGCUCCAGGGAUGAGACCGCCCAUGGGAGGACACAUGCCAAUGAUGCCGGGGCCUCCGAUGAUGAGACCACCGUCCAGGCCUAUGAUGGUGCCAACCAGGCCAGGAAUGACCCGUCCGGACAGAUAAAGGUGGAAGGGGAGCUACGCUUCUCUCUUCACAUCCUGAUCUACCAUACGCUAAAAAGGCAUAGACCUAGAUCCCUAGGAUUUUGUAUUAAAACAGUGUGUAGAGGAGAUCUGCUGCCGCUUCACGUUGCAGAAAGUCUGACCUGUGUACACACUGCACCAACAAACGCAUUUGUAACUGUUCUUCUUCCCAAUUUAAUUCAAAAACACCAAUAAACGUUGAUGCUG